UUUUUUUGCCCAUUGUUGCGGUAGAAUUAAACAUAGCGGGUUGGUGGAUAUAAAAAAAGAGGAACGCAAAGAUCAUUUAAAGUAGAUGAGUGGCUAAAAUGGCUAGAUUGGCAAUUAAUGGGUUAAGCAAAAACAUGAGCAACGCGACAAUCUUCAUGCUCGUGACUAUUUAAUUCGGUUCAGCUGAAGAAUCUCUCUUCUUCUGUGACAAAAGGUAGCAUGCUUAAUUAUUUACAUUCUAUAAAACACACAAAACACUCUCGGAAUGUGCCUCUCUUUGCUGUACUUGUUCUGCAAUCUGUUCAGCAGGAAAGCGAUUAAAUCGAUUCGAUAGAGAUAGGUUAAAAGCAGAAAUUCUAUGAAAAAAAAAAAAACAUGGAGAUUCAACGGAAAAUAUUUAAAAAAUAAUUUCAUAAGAAUUUUUGAUUUAACAAAAUAUUAUGUUAUUUUAUGUUUUUAAAGAUUAGAAAAUAUUAAAAAAUUCUUUUUUUCAUGGAGAGAGAUUUAAUUUCUAUGUAUUCCGUAGCUAGGAGUGUUUAUAUAGCAAAUAACUUGAUCGCUUUUACCCGAUUAUUUCUAAAUAUUUCGAAUUUUCAUUUCAGUCUUAAUUUUCUUAAUAUUCACGAUUUAAAUGUUUUUAUGCUCUAGUUUUUUCACUUUUUCACUUAUUUGCAAAUUAAACAGGAAUAUUAUUUUGAGUUUUAAUUGUAUUUUUCUUUUAUAAAAGUUAUAUGUUCUCUUUUAUCUUUCUUUUACUUUCUUUUAUAAUAAAAAAAAUGAUACAAAUUCAUUAAAAGUUUAAAAAUAAUAAUAAUAAAUUUUCCCAGAAUAAUCGUGAAUUUUUACAAAUAUUCCGAAUGUUUGCUUACGAAUAUUGGAAUAUUUUCCAUUCAGAUAAUUACCUCCUGCACAUCUUCAAACAUUUCUGUGGUGCUGUAGAAAAUUCUCGAAAGAUUUUACUCACUAUACUACAAAUUCUCUGACUAGCCCUGUGCUGUGAGAAAGAUUUGGCCGAAAUGAGAUGAAUAAUUGCAAACGUUUUAAUCUCUCCGAGUAAAAAUAAUUAAUUUACAUUUUACAUUUGAUAAGGCACAAGAUAAUUUAAUUUAAUUCAAAAUUCCCCAUGAGUAAUACAACUUUAGUCACGAAUUAAAUAUUAAUAUAUUUUAAGUAAAACAAACAGAGUCAUAAAAAUAAAUAGAGCACAAUGCAACAUUCUAUUAGAAAAUUUUCACAAUAAUCAGAGUUUCAAGUGGAACUGUGAUAAAAAUAUGAUUUUUCUCGAUGGGAAAAAUUGAGAAACACUGAUACGGAAGAUUCUUUCAGCGGUUGCAGUUGAUUUAUUCAAAAAUGGGUGUGCAGAGGAGCAAUUGACGAUACUUUGCCUUUUUUUGCAUUCUUCUAGCUCCCAAAGAGAAGCAUAUUGAAAAUGGAUGAGAACCAUCACAUAUAGUGAAAUUGUUUUCAGUCAUUUCCGUCAAUUAUAUUCUUGUUAGAUUUCUGAUUGGAUGCCAAUGCGAUGCCGGGGGAGUCUUGAUCUUGGUGCAUGUGCAAUGAAUGGAAAUAAUAUGAAACUUUAUAUCUUGUCAAGGCAAAAUUGAUGCCACAAUCACGAUCAACUCAAGUUUUUUUUUUACCAGAAAUACAUUUUCUGCAGUAGAUAGAUGUUUCAGCAGAAACAUCAGCUAAUUUUCUUGCCGAGUUAGCGACUCAAUUUACUUGAACUUGAUAGCAGGAGAAAUUUUCUGGUGUUGAGGAAAAAAAAAUGAUGGGAUGGGCAAUGGAAGCAGCUGCUAAAAGAGUUUUUGUGAGUCAUGAUUUGCCACUCUUUGUGGAGGAGAAAAAAAACGAACAUCUUGGGGAUUGUUCUGGGUGAGGGAUAAAAAGCAGAAGUCGCGUUGUGUGGUUAAUAAAUCAAAAUAUAGCAACGAUCGCGAUAGGAGAUCAUUCGAACGAUCAUUCUUGCCACUCUGCUGUGCUUCUCCAGGCCCGUACGAUCGGUAUGAGUGUGUAGCUGUGAUUAUAAAUACGAACUCCAGACGCAGAGUCCCAACCAGUUGAGCUCAGGAGUUGAACGAAGCAACACCACUCGCGAUCUUCAAUUUGUGGAUUUUUGCUCUUUUAUUUAUUUUUUUUAUUUUUUUGCUUUCUCGACACAGCCAAGUGAACACAGAGAGUGCACGAAGAUCACAGUGUGAAGAUUUUUCCGUGGCAAUUGUGUGUGGUAUUUGAAGUGAAACAGCACUGAGGAAAAGCUAAAAGUAUAUCAGUGAAUUGUUUUUAGGUGAAAAGUGUGCGCGAUCUCUUCAAAAGGGGAGAAAAUGGAGCGUUUCCCUUCAAUUUCUCUACUACUUCUGGUCACCUUUGUUGCAUUUGUGGCCACCGAAGAGUUUGACGAUGUAGCUCGAGCUGCAUCACCUGGAUUCGCCGAUGGAUUCAGUCAGUGGCAUUCGGGAUUGUUGGACUUUUCCGGUACACAGGGACUCUUCUGGCCACAUCAGUUGGAUUCGGAAUUCCGCGAUGGGAGCAAUUUUGGUGUUCGUCAGCCGGCUGUUGAGCACAUUCCCAUGAAACCUGAGGAAUCACUUGGAGAAAAGCCCGAUCGCGACACUGAACCACUCGAUGUUGAGUUUAUUAGUGGAUCAAUUGGCAAUCCAGACGAUACUCAAGUUCAGAUUGACAAUCAACCACAACGCCCUGUACAGCCGUACCCAUCAUUCGGUCCAGGAUUCGACGAUACUCUCUUCCAGCACACCUUCACCAAUUUCCCGGGCUUCAAUAGCUUCUUCCCUGGCUUUGGCUUCAACAGACCCCAACUGAGACCAUGGUGGAGAGGACCCAAUGUUUGCACGGAAAAGGAGGAAGAUAUUGAGGAAUGGGACAGAGAAAUGCUGUCUGGAUUAUCUCUCAACUUUGAAUCGUGCGUCGAGAAGACCAACAAGCAUGUCUGCAAGACGAUUUCCAAUCGCAAUGGACAGAAGUACACCGUGACCGUUACUCACAAGUGCUGCCAUGGGUAUGAACGGACCAGGGACGGUGCUCGCGGUAUCACGUGCAAGAAGGUUGAUUUGCACUCUGUGGAGGAGACGGCGGAGAGUUUGGGUGCCAAGGAGUUCAUGAGGAGUGUGAAGAACAAUGGCUUGACUGAGAGGAUCACGGAGAAUAUCACAAUAUUUGUUCCACUCGAUUCCGCAUUCACGCUUUUCUCCGAGAAGAUGUUUGAGUCGAAUCUCGUAGUUCUUCCACUGUCGAGGAGUCGUAGGGCUGCAAAGGAUGUGUCAGGGAUCACAACGAGGGAAUUGGCUUUGGCUCAUAUUGUGGAUGGAUUUGUGCGUGUUGAAGACAUUCAGAAUGAGCAACUUCUCACAACAUCCUUCGAGAAUUCCACCAUCCGCAUGAAUAUCUUCCCACGUCCACCGAAUCAGGAGAGUCACGAUUUCCGCUACACCGCCAAUUGCGCUCCCCUCAAGAAGGUUAACAAGGUGGCAACCAAUGGAAUUGUUCACGUUGUUGAGAAGGUCCUAGCUCCAGUCACCCAGAACAUCCUGGAGAUCAUUGAGCAGCGCAGUGAUAUGACAAUCCUGCGUACGGUGCUGCAAAAAACAGAGAUUGACAAACUUCUCAUGCAGGAUGGGAAAUCCUUCACGCUCUUUGCACCCACGGAUAGGGCAUUUGAGAAGUUGGAGCCCCACCUCAGACGCACCAUCAAAGAAGGAAGUGGCUGUGCCGCAAAUAUCCUCAAGAAUCACGUCUUGGAUCUAACCUUCUGUUCCUGCGCCGUCGUGAAUACCGUAAUGACUCACACGUACAAUCUUCUGGAUCAGAAGAUGACUUUUGAGCGUCUUGAUGGUGAGAAGGAGGAGAAGGAGACCCCUGAAGCGUCCGAAGUUGCCGAUAUGACGUCCACCAAGGAGAUCACAGUCAAUGGCUUGGCCAAGAUCACUGAAGCUGACAUUAUGGCAACAAAUGGUGUGAUCCACGUCAUUGACACAGUGAUUCCCACAGAAUCCGGCAUGCCAAUCACUUCCAUGCUCUCCACGCAGAAUUUGACCACCUUCAAACGUCUCCUGGAGGUUUCUGGGCGUGAGGAAGAGUUCGAAAUGAUGUCCAAUGUGAGCUUCUUCGUGCCUUCUGAUAGGGCUUUCAAGGAUAGUCGAUGGGCCAAGGAGCUCGAGGAGAAUCCUGAAGGUCUCAAGGACAACGAAGAAUUGAUCACCUUCCUCAAUUACCACGUUGGUAUUCCCCUGAUUAAGACUUGCGAUCUCACUGAUGACAUGAUCCACACAAAAUCCGGCAGUGAUAUCCGUGUGAAUCUCUACGCCACGCAUCCAGUCUUCUCGAAUGUAAUGAAUCGUGCCACAGUCAACUGUGCUCGUCUCAUUCACUUUGACGAUGAAAGCUGUGGAUCUGUCCUCCAUCAAGUCGACAAGGUGUUGGAACCACCAACAAAGAGUCUCCUGGAAAUCCUCGAUUCAACGGAAAAGUACAGCAAAUGGCUUGAUUUCAUCCGAGCGGCCAACUUGACGAGCCUCCUCGAGGACACAGAGCAAGAUUUCACUCUCAUGGUGCCCACAAAUGAUGUCUUCAGGGAGCAGAGGGAGUGGUAUGAGGAGAAACUCAAGAAACCCGAAGAGGCUGAGAUGAUUGUGAAGAAUCACAUGCUUCAAGAUGUUCUCUGCUGUGCAGGCAUCGUCCCAUCUGACUGGCCUUUCGUGCGCACAAUUGAGGCCCUCAGUGGGCGCCCCCUGCGCAUUGAUCGCGGCCGCCGGCCCGUUGUGGCGAAUGCCGGAAUAACCAAAUGUGAUGUCGUGGCCAAGAAUGGCGUUCUGCACGAGAUUAAUGAUGUGAUCAUCCCCAAGGAGCGCCAGAGGACCCCCGUGUCGUCCUUCUUCUGGUGAAGCAAAUCACCCGCGUGGCGCACUUUCUCCCACCCGGAGCAGCCUCCCCAUGCGCGCGCUCCCUGGCACAUCCCCUUGUGAGCCCCCUCUAAAUUAUACGCAGCCACCCCCCUCGAGCUACACAGCUCAACUACAUUUAAGCACAACAUUUAUGUUUAUUUGAUCUACUAAGUGGAUGGCAAAUAAAUUGUGAGAUAAUAUUAAACAAA